AUGCAAGCCUACUCCAUCAACAACGCAUGUCCUGUGUUCAGCAUGAGGGACCAGGUGGCCACAGCACUUGCAGCCACUCUAGGGCAUGUCUGGGACCUGAUUGAGAUGGUGCCACAGCCAGAGGAGAGGUUGGAGAUGAUCUACGUGUGGGUGGAGGACUGGGACAAGAUUUGGAAUUACCAUACCAAAGUGGAGCAAAGACGAGUCCACAUCAACAACAUCUUCGAAGACUAUCAGGAGAGGGUAGAGUUGAGGGCACAGCUUGAGGUGGAGAGGUUGACAAGGGAACCUUCUAUGUGCACACACAGUCAGGCAGCAACAACAACAGGCAAGGGGAAGGGUAAGGAAAAGGUCACAGAUGAGGUCGAUGAGCUGGAGAACAACGAAGGCAACCAUCCACCUAACCCUGACCCAUCGAAAGCUGGUGCUCCAGCACCUGAAGUCAACCUUCGAUGCAGGGAGUGCAUGAAGGUGAAUGCAGUGUGCAAAGGGCUACCUGGGGAGUCAUGCAAACAAUGUAGGCAGGCCAAGUGGAAGUGUAGUCAGUCACUCAGAGUGGGUAGGAAGUGCAAGAACACUGGAAGUGGAGGGACAGCUGCUGGGCUGUCGCAUAAAUGGACCAAGUCAGUAAUGGUAAUGAUGAUGACUGAAACUCCAGUGAUGACUGGGCUGAAACUCCAGAUCCCUGCUCACAAACCACCCCCCAGGCAAAACUCUGAACUGACUCCUGUACACCCAACACCUCGAGCAAGUCCCCCUUUGCUUUCUGACAUGCCCCCACCUCCUUGGACUUUUUGGCAACCAACUGGAUUAUUGGACGAUCCACCUGCACCUGUCAUCAGCACACAGGAUGAGUCUGAAGGUCCUCCAGUUGAAGAAACUCCACAGAUCACAAACCCGAGUGAAUCGACUACACAUGAGACUCUUGCUGAGUGCAUCCAACUGUUGGAGGGUAGGGCAGAUGAUGAGGAGUUUGAGUUGACCCAGAUCCACCAGAUGCUGGGGCUGUUGGUGACACGAGUGGAGCAACAAAUCAGUGCAGUUCAGGGGCGAUGUGAGGAGCUGAAGAGGUUGAAGGAUCAGCUCAAAGAUAUGUAG